AUGGGUCAGAAUAGUAGUAAUAGUAAUAGUUAUAAUUUGUUGAAAAAGAAAGUUGUUGGUGCAAGUCCAAGCAGUCAGACCUACAGUCCAAUUACAGAGGAUAGAGCCAGAUUGGAAGAGGUUGGAAGCGACGACGAAGACAGCCGUCUUAACAACAACAACUACAACAACAACAACAACAAUGAAUACGACGAUGAGGACGGUCCCUUUCAGAGUGGAAUCAUUCUUGAGCCAAUCAACCGUGAUCCAACCAACUACCAACCAAAACCACUCUUAUCUUCACAGGACGAUAUCAAAGAGGGUGACGGAUUCAAAACUAAAUUCACCAAAACAAUUACAAAAACAAACAAACUUAUUAAACAAGCAAUUUUAGAUUCAAAUCAAAAGAUUGAGGAAAAAGUAAAAGAAUCAAAUAAGAAAAUUGAAGAUACUAUUAUAGGUGGAUUUGAAUCGGUUGCAGGCGUUGGUAUUAAAGCAGUCGAUAAGGUACGUGAUCAACAUCAUAAGCGUGUCGAACGUCAUGAGAAUCAAGAGCGUGCCAUUUGGAUUCAAGACAAGAAACAAAUCUCAAAGUAUGAAUGUCUCGAUUAUAUGACCAUCUACAACAAAGCCUACCGUAAUGAGAUGUACAAAAACUUUAAUAAACUAGGUUCCAGCAAUGAAUGGCAACGUUGGAUCAUCUCUACAGUCAUGGGUAUUUUCAUCGGUGUCAUUGCCUAUCUCGGUCACAUAGGAAUAUCCAAUCUUACAUUUUAUAAAUUCGAAUUCGUCAAAUAUUUAUUGACACUUGAUUAUUGGCUUGCUUUUCUUGCAUUUUUCACAUGUAAUACGGUACUUGCAAUUAUAAGUUCAUUGUUGGCCGUUUAUUACGAACCUACAGCAGCUGGAUCCGGUAUUCCAGAGGUUAAAGGUUAUUUGAAUGGUACAAAGAUUCCACAUGUACUCAAGUUCAAGACUCUAUGGACAAAGUUGAGCUCUAUGAUUUUUGCAGUGUCCUCAGGUUUGCAAGUCGGUGCCGAAGGUCCAAUGAUUCAUAUUGGUGCGAUCGUUGGUAACGGUUUCUCACAGGCACAAUCAAAGGAGUUUGGUUUUAAGAUUCCAUUCUUGCGUUCCUUUAGAAACGAUAAGGACAAGCGUGAUUUCGUUACUAUGGGUGCGGGUGCUGGUGUCGCCGCUGCUUUCAGUGCUCCGUUGGGUGGUGCAUUGUUCUCGCUCGAAGAAGUCAGUUCUUUCUGGUCAACAGCACUCACUUGGCGUGCCUUCUUUUGUUGCUUGGUAGCUACAUUCACCGCAAAGAUCCUCAAGGAUUCACAUCUCUCACAGCAUCCAACCAUGAUUUUCGAUAUGGGAACCAAUUCCACCGCAAACAACUACAAUUUGCUCGAGUUGAUUCCAUUCUUGGUGAUUGGUGUCAUCGGUGGUUUCACAGGUGCACUCUUCACCUUGAUCAAUGUCAAGGUGGUUGCGAUGCGUCGUAAGUACGUAAACAAAAUCAAAUCGCUACGUGUUCUCGAGGUAUUCGUUAUCAUUACCGUGUCGACUAUUCUUCAAUUCUUCUUGCCAUUCAUGUUUCAAUGUCAUACAAUCGAUAGUCUCAUUGUACACGCCGGUAACGAAACUCUCAGCUCAAGCUCCGAAACAAUGGAGCAACUCAAUGACCUGCUCAAGUCAUUCAACUGUCCAGAGGGUUCGUACAACCCGAUGGCAUCCAUUAUAUUUGCCGGUAACGAAGAGUCGAUUCAGAAUCUACUGGCUAUCAACUCGCCAGAGUUGAACAACACCAAUCGUUUCGGAAUUCCAGCGUUGCUUCUAUUCUUUUUGUUCUACUUUUUGUUUGCUGCCUACACAGCGGGUUGCGGUAUUUCCUCGGGUACUUUCGUACCGAUGAUUGUCAUCGGUGCUUCCUAUGGUAGAGCGAUCGGUGUUAUCGUCCAACACAUCUUUGGAUACUCGACAAUCGACCCCGGUGCCUAUGCACUAAUGGGUGCAGCUGCUUUCAUGGCUGGAGUGUCGCGUCUCACCAUUUCACUGUCGGUCAUUCUCAUUGAGACAACCAAUGAACUUCAAUAUCUCUUGCCACUGAUGGUGACAGUAAUGGUUGCCAAGUGGGUUGCCGACGCAUUGAUCCAUCCACUCUUUGACAUUCUCAUCGAGAUGAAGUAUAUCCCCUAUUUGGAGCCACACGCCAGCAAAGCAAUGAAGAUUCUCAUGUGCAAGCAUAUCAUGGCAAAGAAACCGGUCUACCUUUUGGAGAAAGAUACACUCGGACGUAUUCUCGAGGUGCUAAAGAAUACAAAUCACAAUGGUUUCCCAGUGGUCAAUAACCAUGACGAUCGUUGCGUUAAAGGAUUGAUUUUGAGAACUCAAUUAUUGAUGGUUCUCGAAGGUCUCUCCGAUGUCUACAUUCCAAACACCGAACAAGUCUACUCACACACCGACUACACAACCAAAUUGGCAUGGAAGCUACCACAACUCUCUGAUUUUUCAUUCGAUCCCGAAGAUUACUCGAUUCAAGUAGAUUUCACAAACAUUAUGAACUUGACCGUGCUAACAGUGAACGAAGAGUUUGCUGUUAGUGAAGCUUUCCAACUAUUUAGAACAAUGGGACUUCGUCAUAUGCCCGUUGUAAAUUCAUAUAAUAAAUUAAAAGGUAUUAUCACAAAGAAAGAUCUAUUGGAAAAGACAUGUGAACAAAGAUAUAGGGAACUUUCACAUAUGAAAUUGGAUGUUUCGAAAUUAAUCCAUGAAGGAGAUGACGACAAUCCACUUUCACAAUCGACAAAUAGAUUAAGACAUACAGCUAAUUAA